CUCAUGUACCGGGGUAGGGAUGUCUGUUACUCCAGACGAAAAGGCCCACAAAUCACUCUGCGGGCUCGUCUGACUGCAGCGCUUGCUGCCGACGCGUCAACUGUUGGCACGAUUCACACUCGGAUCCUCGUUUUGAAACUUCCAAAGCGCCCAAUGCCAAAAGGAUCCCUGCACAAGAUCGACUUCUUGUCACUGAGGUGAUUUUUACGAGUAGGUGUGGUGAUCUGUAGUAUGUCGUGACUUAUCUAUGCCCUCUGCCCUGGGCGGUCGCAUCUCGCGCUCUUGCUCGUUUGCGACGCUGUCAAUCUCUGGCUUCACAUUCGCCAUACAGAAGGCGCCAUCUCGACUUUGGUCUCUCCCUCUUUCCCAAGAAGCUGUGGCCUUUCGACUUUGCCCAAGAUGGAAGAAAACAAAGCUUUCCUUCCGCAAGGAACAUCACCAGAAACAGUAUAUCAAGACGCAUCAUUACACAACAUGGAGGAUCAAAAGACGACUACCGUGAACAAGCUGUGGCCCUCGAACUGGAGUAAGAAGACCAGAACAGUCGUCGCCGCGAUUGGAGUCAUCGUCAUCAUCCUUGUCACCAUUCCUACCAUCAUCAUCCUCAGGAGGCGCGACAACAACAAGCUUCAUAACACUUACCCAGACUAUCACGCUCUCAACUACACACUCAGUGAGAGAUGGCAAGGGACAAACUUCUUCGACAACUUCGAUUACCACUCAACGCCAGAUCCUGCUGCUGGCUUCGUCAACUACUUGGAUCAAGCGACCGCCGAGUCCACCAAUCUGACCUACGCUGGCGAAGCAUCUGCUUUCUUGAGAGCAGACUCAACGGACACAAACGCAAAGAAUGGUCGCAGUUCUGUGCGCAUUACUUCCAAGAAACAAUUCCACACUGGUCUCUUCGUCUUCGACGUCAAGCAUACUCCUUAUGGCUGCGGAACAUGGCCUGCUGUCUGGAUGGCUGACCCAAGUGAUUGGCCUGGGAAUGGCGAGAUCGAUGUCGUCGAAACUGUGAACCAAGGAAACACGGGCAACCAGAUGGCUCUACACACUUCUAAGGGUUGCAAGAUGUACAGCAGACGCGUUCAGACCGGCACAAUCCAAGGCACUAAUUGCUAUAAUGGCACGAACGACAAUGCCGGCUGUGCAGUCAUGGGAGCGUCUAGCUCAUAUGGUGCCGAAGCGAAUGACGAUGGUGGUGCAGUUUAUGCAAUGGAGCUUCGUAAAGCAGGCAUCCGAAUGUGGAUAUUCAACCGCGACUCGCCACCUGGAGAUCUCAGGCAAAACAACGACACCCAUCCUGACCCUUCAAGCUGGGGGUUUCCUAUCGCCGACUUCCCCAGCACCAAUUGCAACAUCGAAUCCCACUUCAAGAAUCAAUCGAUCAUCGCGAACAUCGAUUUCUGCGGCUCCUGGGCAAGCAGUGUUUACUCUACCCAAUUCAAAUGUCCCGGAAAGUGUGAGGACUUUGUGGCAACGAAUGCCUCUGCUUUUGAGAAGGCCUACUGGGAGUUUGCGAGCUUCAGGAUCUACUCGGUAGAAGAGUAGGAGCGUCUUUCCCGGUCCUUUUCGAUUGUUGUGAUUUUAUGAUACCCUUUCUUUAUUGUUGAAAUCCUGGCGCCACGAUGAGACACAGUGUCAGGUAAAUUACCUUCAUUCGGUACACAUAACAGGUUCAUGAAUAUAUAGAAUAUGAACAGGCUCAUGAUUGCCUUCCAAGUGCCAC